AUGGAUGCAGCUAUUGUUUUCGUUGUUCCGCGUUCAGAAGAGUCGCAGCUGUUCCAUGGACCACCUGAAACUCAUCGUGGUGGUGCUAGUAAUGCUGUUAGUAAUCCACCGAGAGCUGUUUGGGAUAAGCCUUCUUCUAAUGGCGGCGUUAUUCAUGAGGUUGGGCAUGAGGUUGGGCCAGUACUUAUGGAUUCCCAAUCCUGGCCUUCUCUUUUGGAGUCUACUAAGAUUUCUUCCAAAUCUGUCUCAUCUAAUGUGUUAGAUGAUGGAUCUCACACUACCAUGCAGGUAAGUUCAAGCCAUACUGUUACUACUGCUAAUAAAGAUGGUGGCUUCGUUGCACCAUCAUCACAGUUCCUACAGACAAUGCCAUCCAAUUCUGCAGAGCCGCCUCAGCCUGUUGCUGUUGUCGAAAGAGGGCCAACAGAGCCUCAACCUACUGCUGUUGUCGAAAGAGCACGAAGAGGAGGAAGAGGUCGAGGGCCACAAUCUUACGGUGGUCAGCCACAUAAUCACCCACAUCAUCAUCAGAGCUUCCAUAAUAAUAACAAUGGGGUUAGACGAGAUCAUAACCGGGGUGGUAGGAGUAAUGGAAAUGGUAAUUGGCAUAAUUAUCAUGCUAACCGAAGUUUUAACAAUAGAGAUGCAACUGCAAAUUUUCAGGCUCGGGGUUUUGUUCCAAUGGAACACUAUCCUAAUCAUCCUUUUAUUCAACAGAAUCUCCCAUUUUAUGGUUAUAGACCUUAUAUGAGGUUCAUGUAUCCUCCUCCUCCUCCAAUUCUUCCAAUUCCUAUGCCACAACAACAUAACUCGCCUCCUCCUCCUCCUCUUCUUAGCGAAGAAGAGUUUGCUAAACUGAACACUAGAAUUGUUAGGCAGAUAAAUUACUAUUUUUCCGAUUCAAAUAUAGAAACAGACAUAUUUUUACGGAAACAGAUGGAUCGUGACGGUUGGGUUCCUAUUAAAACAAUUGCGGAAUUUAAAAUGAUUAAGGAGAUGACCCACGUAAUAAAUAAUGAUAUUGCUGUUGUCUUAAAUGCUAUGAAAUCAUCGGAAUUUAUGGAAGUGUUGGGGAAUAAAAUUCGAAGGCGUGAAGACUUUCAAAAAUGGCCAAUUAUCGAGUAG